AUCAUGAGCAUCUUUCCACGCAAUUGGGAUGCGAUGACAUACAUCAACCAAGUCAGUGAGCCUGACCACCCGAUCACGUUAGUCGUCUCAUGAUAUAUGUAUACUGUAAUGUAACAGUACAAAGUAGUUAAACAUCUCGCUCCCCCAUUUAUGUAUCACAUAUACUAAUAAGAAAUGUAGAUUAAAUGAAUGUAUUGCAUAUAUUCGGUUGUCAUUACCUGCAUCUACACUGCAUCAAGAAACAGAAGAUCUACUCGUGCAGUAGUUACUGAUUUACGCGCAAACAUUUGUUGUGCAUCUGAUGCUAGCUUCCGCUCAAAUAGCCAAAUAAGGAUAGGCGUUUACGCCAGGUUUCCAGCGACUCAGUUACUUUCGCUUUGUUUUCCGAGAAACUGAGUGACAUUCCCAAUCACAGCUCCAAACCACGUAUUCAGUGAUAACAGUUGUCACAUACACGUAUAUAUCACUGUGAGGAGCCAACAACGUGUCAGCUCUUUUCUACAUAUCUGCCAUCGUGCUGCUGUUGUCCUGCUGUCCACGAUGUCUGACCGACGCUAUGGCUACUUCCGCUGUUCUAAGUGUAACGCCCACUGGGAGAGUUCCCAUGUUUACUGCCACGGUUUCAAGGCUGUGUACAAACAGGACUGCAAGUCGUGUAAAAUAGGCUGCCUCCCAUAUCGGGUAGAGAAGAUGAUCUGUUCCGUGUGCGGUAGUAAAGAUUGCACAUGCACCAGUGAAGACCGGAAAAAUAGGAAUAUUGAUCUCAACAAACCUCACAGGUCUGACCUGUGUCACAAGUGCAGGUCUGGGCGACCGUGCAGAUACUGAGGUUGCAGCAUUGCACUGAAAGUUGACUGCCUACAGCACCAGACAUUAAGGAUUGCCUAUCUCUCCAUAGAUAGAUGGUAAUAAUGAUGAUGAUGACGAAAAUUCUUUGGUAAUUGAAAUGUCUGACAAAACCUAAACACUAUCCUCCAGCUUGUGAGUUUUUAUGGGUUUCUUUAGAUGUUUGUAAGUGCACAGUAAAUAUAACAAUUACCUUUGUCUAAUUUGCUUUUAAUCCGUACGACACUUGGUUUUUGUAACGAAUUUACCCAAUGAAAUGAUUGAAUUAUAUAAUAAAACUGCAGGGCAAACACAAAAGGAUAUUUACUUUGGCAGGUUACCAGACAAUUGAGCUCUGUUCAACGGAUUUAUUUUUAAAAGUUGCGUCAUUUGUUUGAGAACCGCACCGUGACGUUCAUGGAAGUCGUUUUAGUAUGUGUGUAUUAUUGUAAACAAGAGGCCAUAUACAUCCAUACUAUUCAAAAUCACUCCACUGAAAGACAUCAAGGGACAUCCUACUUCUAGUUUCGUUCUCCAUCUGUUAGUCACACAUAAUCUGUAUAUGGGUGUAAACAAACUCCAUAUUUGGCAUAUAACAGAUCAAUAUCAUUCCUUGAAUACGACACUUAGACAUGGGCAGUUUGCCAGGGUGUCUUGUAAAGGGAGAUAACCAUGGUUGCUGUUGUUCAGGUGGGCGUAAAUGGACCUAAGUUCUAAAAAUACCACGUACCUGCAUACUGAUGUCAUAUCUAUCCAUGCGGUUUAUAUAAAUAAAACAUUUCAUUGCCAUGA